AUGAAUAGGAAUUUGGUUGUUAAUAACAACCAAGCCCAAGACGAAGUAAGAAGUAUGGAAACAGCCAAAGAAGAGAAAAUUUCUUCGUGUCCCGAAGAUUUGGAAGGAAUUUUGGAAAAUGAUUCCAAGAUUCAAGGCUUUAGAAGCUCAGAAAUUAGCCCUUCGGAUAUUGAGGGACGUCAGGAUUUGUCAGCAGAAGAGGGAAUAAUGGAUGAGCAGAUUAGUGAGAAGGAGAUAAACAGCGAAAAUGAGAAUGGAAGUAAUCACAAUAAUGAAGAAUGUAGUAGUUCGAAUGAAGGGACACAUAUUGAGACGGGAUCGAAGAUUCCCAAUAAAAUUUUUGAGACUUUAAUACUGCCAACAUCAGCAAGGCUGAAUCCUACAGUAGGUUCCUACUUGGAGAAGUUGAGUCCAACAGCAUUAAAAGGAUUCCAAAAGAGGUUCUUUAAACUGAAUUUGACGGAUAAUGCUUUGUUAUAUUGGAGAGAGGAGCCAACAUUUCCAGACCAGCAACCAGCUGGAUGUAUUAACUUGUCAAGUGUGAUAGCUAUUCACAUAGAAGAUGCUUUAAACUUUGUUAUAAGAACUUUUGGAAGAGAUUACUGCUUAAGGGCUUUGUCACCUGGUGACAAAGAUAUUUGGUUGGAAUCUAUUUGCAUGGUAGUAAACGCAGUAGCACACAGAGAAACAUUAAAAGAUGCUUCCAAUCAUUAUAAUUUUAGCAAGGUUUUGAUGGAUGCUUCUGGGGGUAUCCAGACAUAUUUAACAGAGGCUUUAAAGACUCAGAGGAAAGUUAAAUGGACAAAAGAGGACAGAGUCCCUUUAACAUUUUCUCUACGAGGGAAGAAGAUGUUUUUGGGGGUUAAAGGUAUCCAGAACUCACUUGCAAAGUUGUGGUUUGACUGCGUCUUUAGUGUAAAUUACUUGUCUUCAUCUUCUUCACCUUGCUUGUCUUUAUACUCAGAUGUUUCAAGUAGCUCUGCAAGUAAUCAGUUUUUGGGAUUAGUACAUGGACAAGCACAAUUACCAAAUUUAUCUUCACCUCAACCUUCUCCAUCAUCACUUUCUUUGAAAACAUCUAAAGGUAUUGCCGGGACUAGAGGAGGUGUUACCGGAUUUAGAAGAUGCUACUACAGGGCCAGGAGCUCAUCUUAUUGUACAAGCACCUAUUCAAAGUCACAACAGGUUCCAACGCAUUCCACGACAUCAUCUCCACCUACUGGAGUUUUGAGACAGGAUGAAGGAGUUAAUUCAACCACCAAAUCAAUGGGAAGUUAUAACAGAAGGUUUACACCUGGAUAUUUCUAUGGGACUUACAGAGGCCAAAAUCUGAAGAUAAGUAAGAACAUGAUGGGUACAGGGCUAAACAAUCUAAAGAGAACGAAAACUUUGAGGGAUUUGAGCGGUUUUGGAAAUCUUAACCAGGCUCCAGAAGCGUUUAAGCACUCAGAACCAAAUGUACAGAGCUUCACAAGGAUGAGGUCUCAUCUGGAUAACGUCUUGUUUGGGACAAUUUAUAUUGAAAUUGGUCCUUUGCCUACACUCCAGCACCUUAUUCAGAGUAUUUCACUCAAUUCAGGUGUUUCUGGAGGGGCAGGGGGAGGUGAAUCUUCUUCAUCGUCCUCAUCUAACAACUCAAACCCUCCCUUAUCAUCUUUACAGAAAUUCUUUGCUUUACUGAUUUCCUCAAGGCCAAUAGCCAAUAACGAAGCAUUUUUCCCUUUACCUAAUAACUUUUCAUUAAAGCCUUGUGAUGCCAGGGCAUUUAGUUCCAAGCUGGGUUAUUCCCCAGCCUCAGAACCUGGCUCAGUUCCGGGAUCAGCAUCAGCAACAGCAUCAGCGUCGGUUAUGGGUAAUUGGAGGGAUUUUGAAACCCUUCCUUUUAACAUUCAAUUGGACUGCUUAUACUUAUUUUCACCAGAGUAUGAUGGUUCUCCUCCUUUAUAUGUUAUUGAGCUGGAUAAUAUCCAGUUAUCAAGCAAAAUUCGAGAAGUUCAAACUGGUUUUCAGUUUAGACUUCAAGUUCCUAUGGGAAACAUCUUGGCAAGUUUAAAAAACCCAGAAAAUAAGGAAAAGGACCUGGAGGAAGUUCAUAUCAUAUCUGAGGAAGAUACUGAAUUAAAAAAGGAACCACAGAAAGAGGACCAGAAAUAUAACCGUCAACCUAUUUUGGAGACAGGAUUAGAUGGUGAUUCGGAAGGUUGCAUAAGUCAAGAUGAUGAAAAGGAAACAGAUAGUCUAGAAGAGCAAAGCCAGGCUAUUCAUACCGAAGCUACGAGGUUGGAUAAGGGGCUAGAUACUAAUUCUCAGGUUCCUCGCUCAGAAACUUGCCAAAACUUAAAAGAUUCGAAUGCCUUGGCAUCCAAUAUUGAACCUGAGAUUAAUAAUGGUGAAUCACCUUUACCUGCUUGUGGGAUCAAUGGUUUAGGACAAAAUUCUCAUUUUAGAGAUACUAAAUACACAUCUAUUACAAAUCUAUUUCAUAAUCCAUCACUAAUUUUAUUUGGUUUAGGCGGCAAGAAACAGGCGGGCAACACAUGUCAUAAUGAGUUGGCCAAUUCAAUUUCUGCCAUGUCUGUGGCCCUUGCAAACAAUGGAAUAGUCUUUGGAGGCAGUAAUAUUUCCAAUGAAAGUAUUGGUUCUGGUAUUAUAGGUAAUAACAAUGUUAAUGUUCUUUCCAUGGAAAAAAUAUCAAUAAGAAUAAUUUCAAUCUUUGGCCCUGACGCAGAGAUUUGGAGAGAAGCAUUAAUUGCUAGCUGUAGGGCUAGACAUGCAGCAAAGGAAAACAGAUUAAGAACUUUACAUGAUGAACUAAGAGCCUUUGACAGCAUUCCAAAAGAACUUUUGGAUGAAAAUAUUCAUCAUUUAUUUUAUAAGACAUUGAUUUAUAUUUCUGUUGCUUCUGGGAUAAAAACAUGUGGAAUCACGGGUAUGGGUUUUGGAGGAGGAAUGAAUAGUGAUGGUGGAAACAUGAUGUGUAGCAGUGACUUUAGAAGAAUAUCUCCAAUGGUAGGAGUUUUGAAUGAUCAUUAUAGUAACAACAAUUUUGGUUCUGUGGGAUUUGGGAAUAAUGUAAUUAGAACUUGGAUUAAAAGAUUAGUACACCAUAUUUCAAGUAGUUUUGUUACAAUCCCGAUAUUAAGGAUACUACAAGGUUUAGAAGUCUUUAAUUUAACUGGGAGGGAUUUAUUACAAGCUUCUACUCGUAUAAUGUCAAAUCCAAGAGUUGACAUAUUAAGAUUUGUUCAUGACAAAUAUAUGGUACCGAUAUUAAUGGUAAUACAAGAAUGUUUUACAAGAAGGAAUGAUUUAAUGAGAGAAGUGGAUAUUCUAUUGAUUUUAGAGUUUUUGGUUGAUUUAAGACUGAGUUAUGAGUAUUGUGGGAUUUAUGAUUCUAAAUUCAAGUAUUUAAUUUUGAGUUUUUCUUCUUUAUAUAUGAAAAAACUUAUUCAGCCUUACUAUAAAAAGAUCUUCAGAUCUAUACACAACACAUGUUAUUUGGGUAAGACUUUUAGAGAUAAGGAAUCGGGUACCUUACAUAUAUCAAUAUUUUCGGAGUUAUUUUCAUCCUUAAAUUCAAUGGUGAAUUUAUUCACAUCUUUAAAGCUUUAUCACUAUUCAGUUGAGGUGAGGAGUGUUUUGUUUAUAGCUGUUCAACAUGCUUUAAUGCAGUACCAGUUGGCUAUUAGAGAUGUUGUAUUGCGUAAUUUAUGUAGUCUUACAGAUUUGAAUCAUGAGAAGCAAAAGUUCUUUUUUCAACAUGAUUCCAAGAUAAUUCAGGAAGGAUUAAUAAGAAGAAAAUGUGAAGGAGUAGAAGAUUGUUGGUGUUGGAAAUGUUAUUGUAAUCAAAGGAAUUUACUUGAGGAAAUUGACUACUCUAGGAUUUCUAUUUCUUCAGAGGUAAUUUGUGGAUUAUUAAAUGGCAUGGAGUAUUGUAUUUGUAAGUGUGAUGAGUUGGAUUUAUUGAUGGAGAGAUGGAGUCCAUUUGUUUUUUAUAAGUUUGAACAGGAAUACUUUAGGGAGGUUCCUGCGGAUACUGGAAUAGUUGGUAGCACUACUGUGGGUAUUGCCACAAGAGUUACUACCCAAUCUAUGGAGGUUGUAGACUCUAAUAUUGGAAAUAUUAGUGGUUUAAUGGGAGGAGGGGAUUCUUUAAUGGCAACUGUUAGCUCAGGUGGAAGUGGGAAUAGUGUUGCUGGUAUUGUUAAUGGUAAUGGUAAUAGUAAUAAUAGUAACAGCAAUAUUGGAUCUGUUGGAACAAUACUAUCUGGGGAUCUGGGAGGUACUGGGAAAGUUAGUAUUGGAACAAAUAACACUAAUUCUUCAUCUAAUUCUGCAUCAGUUGCAACAUCUUCCUUAUCACCAUCAUCAGUUCCAAUUCCUGUUUCAAUUGUAGGCUCUGGUUUAAAUCAGGGAGCUUCUAUAUCAGGAAUUUUGGGACAAUCAGGAUCAGCGACUUCUGGUGUUUUGCUAUCGGGAGUUCAGUCUUCAGAUUCAGCUUCUAUUCCAGCUCAGGUACAACCACCAGUUCAAGUUCAAGCUCCAGUUUCAGUUCAGGUUCCAGUUCAAGUUCAAGUUCCAGUUCCAGUUUCAGGAUCAGCUUCAGCUCCUCCAAUGGGAUCCGGGGCAAGUGGAGUAAUAGUAAAGACUACAGGGAAUAAUCCAGGUUAUACUAAUAUAAACUCUUCAUCUCCGUCCAUGGUUUCAAAAAGUAAUGCUGGUAUGGUAUCUGUUAAAGGAUUAGUAGUUCCAAUGGGCACUAAUAAUAAUAAUAAUAAUAAUAAUAAUAAUAAUAAUAAUAGUACUAAUAAUACUAUGAAUACAACAAUAUCAAGCCAGAUGAUGACAAUAUCAGCUUUGAAUGAUGAGAAGCUUCAGGAUAUGGUAAGUAUAUACUCUGCAGGAAACUUAAGAGAAGAGGCGAGAAGAUUUACUUUGUUGUUCCAUAUUUCAAAAAUGUACUUAGCAAUUAAGACAUGUAAGGAAUGGUAUAGAAGAAUACAAACACAUUUUUUGAAUGCUUUAAAAAAUGUUGGUAAUAAUAUUUCAAAGGUACCGGGAGAAGAUAAUAGUUUCAUGAAAUAUGUAUUAUCUUUGGAUAUGGACUCAUUACUUAAAGAAGCUUUGAGACCACAAUUAAGAGUAUUGAAAAUUUCUCUAAAGAAGAGUUUGUUUAGUAAAGUAUCGAAGUUGGUUUUAGAAUAUAUUAUUAGAGUUUACAUUGAGUCUUUAUUACUAUUUGCAUUAAACUAUUCAGUGAUUCAGGCUGGAAUUUAUGAUGAGACUUAUGAUACUUUGGGAGUAGGAUUAGAAGGAAUGGUAAAAGAUUCAUUAUCUUCAUCAUAUUCUAUGGUAGGAGGAGGUAUAGAUGAUAUGAGUAAUAUGAAUAUGAUAGCAGCAAAGUUAUUGGAGGAUUGGGAUGUGAUUGGCCAUUUUUUUCAGGAUUGUAUGUCAGAGGAAGCUACUAGAGAAUGUUUGAUUAUUUUAGCAGAUUUGCAUGAUAUAUUAACUUCUCAGAGACUUUCUUUAUAUGAAAAAUGCCUUGAUUUUCAAGAAAAGUACCGUAUUUUUGACUUAUCUCUAUUUAUUAAGAUUAUCUUAAUAUUAAGAUUGGAAGUUAGAUUACUGAGAUCUUUUAAUAGAUUAAAUGGAACUGGGGAUGGUAACAAUAAAGGUAAUGAUUGUCAUCAUCAUAAUGUAUCUUAUUCUUCUAAUGUUGAAAUUAGCCAAUCAUUUGGUUUAAAUAAUAAGAUUAUAAUGGUACCGAUAACAACUAUGAAUGAUUUAUCAAUAUCGGUACCUUUAAAUGAAACAGCAAGAGAUGAGGUAAGCCGUAUAAUGUUGGAAGGUAUUCAUGAGAUGAGUCUGACAAGUAGUAAUGAUAAUAAUAAUAAUAAUAUUAGUUUUAGAGCAGAAGUUUUAUCAUCAACAGGAGGAGAAGUAGAAGGAGGUGGGGGUGGUGAUGGCGGGGGGGCAGUAGUAGGUAACGGUACCAAUAGUGGGAGUAUUUCUGAGAUGGCGAAUGAAAUGGAUGUUUUGGGUGGAAUUUCUCCUGGAUUAAUGAUUUCUUGGACCAAGGAUAACUUGUAUUACUGGAAUAAACAGAUGAAUAUAGUUAAGAAUGUCUCAUCAUCUAUAGUUCAAAGUGGUACUGGUACCGUUAAUAAUACUAAUAACGCUGUUAAUAAUAAUAUUAGUCAUAAUAACAAUAAUAGUGGUAAUAAUAAUAUUAAUAAUAAUAGUAGUAAUAAUAAUAAUAAUAAUAAUAAUAAUAAUAAUAAUAAUAAUAAUAAUAAUAAUAUUAACAAUAAUAAUAUUAAUAAUAAUAAUAAUAAUAAUAGCAUUACUGCUAAUAUCAUCACCUCCAGUGGUUUAAGUGAUCCUUUAUUGUUGAGAAAAAUCAACAAUCUAAGCUCUGAAGAGAUGAGUCUCAUUGUUGGAGAUGGGCAAUCUAUAAGUUGUGAUGGUAGUGCUGGAAAUCAUCCAAGUGUUGUUUUAACAAAUAGCAAUUCUGGCAAUUCUGGGAAUAUUGGAGGAUGUGGUACAACAUUUGAUGGUACUGGGUCUGGAAAUAACAACAAUCCAUUGCUCUUAACUUCUGGAUCAUCUAAUUUGGUUUUAUCAUCAAAUUCUAUCACAGUAAUGAAUACAAGUGGAAACAUAAAAAACUUGGCUGCUGUAACUACCAAUGUGGGAACUUUAUCUUCGUCCGCCUUAAAUACAUUGGCUGGAGCUGGAGUUGCUUUAUCUUCAUCUUCUGCUAAUGUUGCUAAUAGCAGCUCAGUUCCCUCUGUUUCGACUCCAGGAUGCAAUUCAGGCUCUGUUACAGGCACUCCGACUCAGGCUCAGACCCAGACUCAAACUCAUACUCAUACUCAGGUUCAAGCUCUAAUUCAAUCUCAGAAUCAGGCCCAGGUUCAGACUCAAACUCAAUCUCAAGCUUUUGCUGCAAAUUCAACAACUAUAGGAGUAGGGAACAAUAUUGGACUUACUUUGGGUUUGAACAAUUGCACUGUUUCUUCGAAUAUCCCCACAUCCACACCUAAUAAUGGUGGUAAUAGUAGUAGUAAUGGAAGCAGUGGUAGUAAUAGUAACAUAGGUGGGGGAGGAGCUCCAAGUAAUCACCCCAAUCAAUCAAUUACUUCAGUUUCUGCUACAUCAUCUAAUAUGAAGAGGUCAUUUUCAUUGGAAUUUCUUUCUCAAGUAACAGGAGAUGAAGCUCCUGAGAAAGGAGUAAUUUCAUCAUUUUUACUUGGAAAGACUUCAGUAUAUUCCCCAAUUUCUGUAUUAUCAUUAUCAGGUUUAAAUGGAGGAGCAGGAUGUACAAUUCUGCAAGAUUUCAUGGAAAGAGAAGAAAAGUGGUGGGAAAACAUUUACAGUUAUUACUCUCAGAUUUAUAUCCCUGCAUAUUUGUUCGGAAUGAUUUCUACUCGCUUAUCAGUUGAUGAUCAUUUCGAGGAGGGAAUUGAAGGAGGAGCAAAGUCAGCAGUAGUGACAGGAAUAGGAGCAGGAAUGGGAACAGGAACGGGAACAGGAACGGGAACAGGAACGGGAACAGGAACAGGAACAAAAGCAACAGGAACGGGAACGGGAACAAAAGCAACAGGAGAGUUCUCUAUCUCAAAUACUAAUUCUGCUAUAGGUUCUAGUAACACAAAUUCAAGUUCUAAGGGUUACCAAAACAAUACAUUAAAUACGCCAGAAACAUUGCCUAAUCUAAAUGGCAAUGAAGGUAACAGAGACUUUAUAGUUAAUUUAGCAAUAAAUAUGUAUCAGAAAUAUACUCAUUUAUCAAGAAUCCUAACAAAUACGUUCUAUGGAAGAUAUAUUUCUGAUCCUGGUAGCUAUCUUAAACCUGCAACUACUGAAGGUACCGCUUUAAGUUAUUUAAUUGGAUCAGGAAAAUUACCGGUACAGAUGACAGUAUCAGAUGGAAAGUUGAAGGAUAAAGAAAGCAACAUGAUUAUUAAUAAUAAUGGAUGUAGUAACAAUAGUGGUGAAUGGUAUCACCAAGCCUUGAAUCAUUAUAAGCUUUGCCAAAGUAUGAUACAAUUCAAGUAUUGUAGUAAUAAUGGACUUAAUGAUAACAAUAGGGAUUGGAAACCUGGUUAUAUGGUCAUUGAAGAUUUUUCUAUUCACAUAUAUGAUAGUGUAUUUAAACAUAAACUACUGGAUAUACUUUCAAUACGCCCAAAUAAUUAUGGGGAGAGAAUUACUAGUAUUUGUAUUGAUCCUCAAGAUUUAACAAGGACAGGAUUUAUUAUCUUUUGGGGAGAGAGAGAAUUUGAUGGUUUUAAUAAUAGUAACAAUAAUAGUAGUAACAAUAGUAAUACUGGAACAGGAGGAGCAGGAAGUGCAAAUUUAUCAAGAACAGCUAGCAAUUUAUCUCCUGUACAACAAAAUGUCAUGAGUUCCAAUUUAACUGGUAAUUCCAACUCAAGUUUGCUACAAAUGAGUGCAAACAAUACUACAACUGGAGGUUUGACUUCUAACUCUACGAUAAAUAUAAAUAACUUAUCCACUCAAGAUUCCCAUAAUAAUAUUCAACAACAACAACAACAGCAACAAGGUCAAAAUUAUAACAUUAACAAUUAUGUUGAUGUGAAAAAUUGUUCUUUACAUGUAAAGGCGCCAACCCCACAAAUGGCGGCAAUUUGGGUGUCAGAAGUUGACAUACUUAUUCAAAAAUCAAGAAACAACUGGGGAAUUGGGUUUUUAGAAAGCUUUGAAAGAAAGAAAUUUUGCCAGUAUAUGAGAGUUGAAUAG